AGAGCCAGGUUUACCACGGCAAUCAUGACACCAAGUGCAGUUUGCCCCUAUUAUCACCCACAAGUAUCCAACAUUGUUUACCAGUCUUGUUUCAGCAUCGUGACUUCAGCUCACCGGACGGAACAAAAAGCUCAGAAGAUAAAACCCAAAACUAACUCUGGCUCUAGCAGUAAUACCAGUACCAGGAGCAUCAAAGGCUUUGGUAGAGGGAGGAAGGAGUUGUGGGGCUGUGUGGAAGGCUGCGGCGCAUGCUGUAAGUUGGCCAAAGGUCCUUCUUUUGCCACGCCUGAAGAAAUCUUCACUGACCCUGCUGAUAUUGAGCUUUACAGAAGCUUGAUAGGUGCAGAUGGGUGGUGUAUUCACUUUGAGAAAAGCACUCGCACUUGCUCCAUUUACUCUGAUCGUCCAUAUUUUUGUCGCGUGGAACCGGAAGUUUUCAAAUCAUUGUAUGGCAUUGACAAGAAAAAGUUCAACAAGGAGGCGUGCAGCUGCUGCAGGGAUACCAUCAGGGCAAUCUAUGGCAGCAACUCAGAGGAGUUAAAGAACUUCAAUCGAUCAGUGUGGAGUUCCGAUUAUACUUAGGCUUUGCCUAAAAUGUCAGGCUUGCUCACCUUCUUAGUUCAUCCCUGAAUACAGAUGGUCUUUUUGAGCUUAUACAGCUUUCAGAGCCAGAGGAAUUGAUUGAAUUCAGAAUCAAGGAGAACGUUAUGGGGUCUCCUUUUCUUUCUCUAUAAUGUCUCUAAUGCAUCUUCAAAAACUGUAUGUAUUUAUAUGACAAUUCUAUUUCCCUUUUGGUCAGAAAUCAGAGAGGCCCUAUCAGCUGCAUUACCAGAUUCUGUUAAAACCUUUACUUGAGGGAAAAUGAAGAGUGGGAUUACUUGGAAAGAUAAAAUAAAAUUCUCACUGAUAC